AAACAGAGGUUAGUGGGAAAAAGAAAGGUGGGGGAGUGUUCGCCUAGCCUUGAAGCAUCAUCGUGCAUGCAUUUCUCUGCAUCUCUCUCUCUCUCUCUCUCUCUCUCUCUCUAUCUUUGCAUGCAUAUCUUCUUCCCCCAAAAUCUCCACUGCCGAUCCAACUCUCCCGUCACCGGGAAACUGACGUAAUCCCGGCCGGAAGAUUUCUCCGGCUCAAUUCCGACGAUCGAAAAGCCCAGGCUUCUCAAGUCGAGCAAGUCCGCAACGCCAACGCAUCUGAACUCAAAGCUGUUACUUGUAUGUAGCUUCGUGUAUAUAUAACUUAAGGUUUGAGCUUAGGUAUGAGUUCGAGGGUUUGUAUGAACGGUCUUUGUGGGGCCUCGUCGUCGAGUGAAUGGAAAAAAGGAUGGCCUUUGCGAUCUGGUGAAUUUGCCAAUCUUUGUGAUAACUGCGGGAGAGCAUGGAUUUUUUUCCUAAUGAAAUUUCUUAAACGUAGCAUCUGCAUUGACUCCAGGCCUGUUUAUGAACAACUAGUCUUCUGUGACACGUUCCAUACAAAAGAUACUGGCUGGAGGGAGUGCAGUUCGUGUGGGAAGCGCCUUCAUUGUGGAUGCAUUGCUUCCAGCUCUUUGCUUGAGCUACUUGACAGUGGUGGGGUGAAAUGCGUAGGGUGCACAAGAAGUUCGGGACUUCAACCUAUGUCAAAUGAUGAAAAGCCUAAAGGAAUCAGCAUGUCAACAACGAAUGGUGAUGGUGAAAUGCGAUUGACUUCUGUAGACCAUCAAGUGGAUACCAGUAAUGGUGAAAUAAAUCGGAAGAGGCUGGAAAAGAGUGAAGAAUGUAAUGCCUUGAAAGAGUUGCUUCCAACUCACAUUGAUUUUGCGAAUGGUGAACGAACCAAAGAGGAAGAAGUCUUCCCUUCUCAAGCUGAAGUUGGAAACACAAGUUCAUCUAAUUUCAAUCAAGCUUCUGAUGGAUCAUCUGAAUCAGCCAAAGUAGACAUAUGUAGAGAAAACAUGGGGAUAAAAGACAUGUAUGGAUCGUUGGCUCAGACAAAUUUGACUAUUGCCUUGGCUUCUCCUUCAGGAAUACCAAAUCCCUUUACUGGUGUAGUUGUUGAAGAGAGGAAUUUAGGCAAAACAGUUUCUUCCUUUCAUCAACUUUCAAGGUCUCGCCAUCUUUUGCCAAAACCCCACAAGUCUGCCCUUGCUACAGGAUUGGAGAUAAAUUCUUCUAUGGGCUCACAUAUACGUGUUGCACGGCCACCUGCUGAAGGACGAGUGAAGAAUCAGUUGCUUCCUCGUUAUUGGCCAAGGAUAACAGACCAAGAGUUACAGCUGAUAUCUGGGGACUCGAAUUCCACCAUUGUGCCAUUGUUUGAAAAGGUUCUCAGUGCUAGUGAUGCUGGUCGAAUUGGUCGUUUAGUUCUCCCAAAAGCAUGUGCUGAAGCAUAUUUUCCACCUAUCUCUCAGCCAGAGGGCCUUCCAUUGAGGAUUCAAGAUGUAAAAGGCAAAGAAUGGGUUUUUCAGUUCAGGUUUUGGCCCAAUAAUAACAGCAGAAUGUAUGUUUUGGAGGGCGUAACCCCUUGCAUACAGUCCAUGCAAUUACAAGCUGGAGAUACGGUGACGUUCAGCCGCAGGGACCCAGAAGGAAAACUUCUAAUGGGGUUUCGAAAAGCAUCAAACGCUAUGGCUAUGCAGUCGCUAAAGGGAAGCACAGAUCCCCAUCUGAAUGCACUGUCAAAACAUUUGAAUUGUGGGGAUUUCAGCUGGAACAUCUUGGAGAAGCAUGGAAUUGAUCCCAAAGAUGGUUUGCAGCCCACGUCAAUGCUGGUACCAGAGAGAAAAAAAAGCCGAAAUAUAGGGUUGAAAAGUAAGAGGUUGCUCAUUGAUAGCCAAGAUGCUCUGGAGCUGAAGCUUACCUGGGAAGUGGCACAGGACAUGCUCUGCCCACCCCUCAGUGAGAAGCCAAGCAUUGUCUCUAUUGAAGACCAUGAAUUUGAAGAAUAUGAAGAACCCCCCGUUUUUGGGAAGAGUAGCAUUUUCACUGCCCGUUCAUCUGGUGGCCAAGAGCAGUGGACUCAGUGUGAUAGUUGCUCCAAAUGGCGAAGGUUGCCAGCUGAUUUUCUUCUCCCUCCUAAGUGGACAUGUCAACACAACAUUUGGGAUCAAAACAGGUGUUCAUGUUCUGCACCAGAUGAAUUGAACCCCAGGGAACUUGAAAAUCUUCUCAGAAUGAACAAAGAUUUCAAAAAACGGAGAACAGCAACGAACCAUAGGUCGUUGCAAGAGCACGAACCUUCAGACCUAGAAGCUCUAGCCAAUGCUGCAUUGCUCGGAGACAAUGCAAAUGACCCAACUGCUGGUUCAGUUGCAGCCACCACCAAACACCCAAGGCAUCGCCCUGGAUGCUCUUGCAUCGUGUGCAUCCAACCCCCCAGUGGCAAAGGAAAGCAUAAGCCAACAUGCACAUGCAUUGUGUGCAUGACGGUCAAACGCCGUUUCAAAACCCUGAUGACGCGGAAGAAGAAGCGCCAAUCAGAGCGUGAAGCGGAGGUAGCCCAGAGGAAUAAUCAUUUCAUAUGGGGCAAUUCUACUACUAAGGAUGAAUCAGAAGUAGACAGCACCAUCAGACACCAUGAUGCUUUGGAAAACAAUGGCAUUUUUCCAAAUGAGUUUCAGUUGGGGGUGCAAAACAACUUGGAUGCAAUUGGAAAGGAGCAAUUAGAUUUGAACAGUGAUCCGGAGCGUGAAGGGCACUUUCGCCACCAAGGGUCAACUCGCGUGAGCAUGAUGAGUCUUCUUCAAGUGGCAAACCAGCCUUUGGAAAACUAUUUGAAGCAGAAUGGUCUUACGAGCUUGGUUUCAGAGCAACAAGGGAGCUCAGGAUCGCAGUCACUUCCACAAGGCACUAAUGGAGAGAGUGAGGGACGGGUUCACGAGGAUCAUAAUAGUGUUGCCGCACCUGUGGCUCAAGAGGAGAACAGGGACGAUGAGCUUGAUCAAAGCCAAAAUGAUCCUUCCUAGUAUCCCUCUUCCUUGCUUCAUUUUGUUUUUUGAGUGGUUCUCUUUUUUUAUUUCUUCGCUGUAUAGUAAUUUAGAUGAUUUCUUUAGGGUUUUCUGGAAUAUGAGUGCACACAUUAGUUGGAGAGGGCAAGUUUAUUUGUCUUACAGUUUGUAUAAUACACAGAUGAUAUUUGUAACUUGAGGACUGCGCUUUGGAUUUGACUAUUGGCGAAGCUAGAAUGUGACCAUAAGCCCACUGAACUUUGUUUGUUGA